UCGCAGUUUAAGUUGCGGGCUUGGGAAAGAAGCGGAGUGUGGUGCACGUGUGGAUGGUGUACCAAAAUAAUCGUUAUUUUUAGGUAAAUUAUAUCGAUUGAGUCGGAUAAACCUGACGAGUGUUAGUCACUGCCUGCACUUAAGCACAAUAAACGUGACUUAAGACUUACAGAGCGCCGGGUCGCCACCAUGUCGGGCCGUCCGCUGCUGCUGGUGACGCUGCCAGUGCUCACCGUGGUGGCCAUCUGCCUGUACCUGCACCGGCGGGGACGCUCUGACUCGGACCCGCCCGAGCCGCCGGCGCCGGACCGAGCCCCCGCCGGGGGGUCCGCAGACACAGAGACAUGCACAGAGCCUGAGCCGGCCGCAGUCCGGACCGCGCCGCUGGCCGCCCAGCCGGCUGAUGCCGCUCGCUCCCAGCCGGAGGAUAGUGUACCGGAGCCGGCGGUGAAGGGAGACGCCCUCAGCGCACUGGAGGCGGCCAUCCAGCCGGCCUCCCAGCGAGAACAGCCGCCGCCGGAGGCCGGAGACGCGCCGGCCCAGGCGACGGAGCCCGCCGGAGCGGAGACAGAUGCGGUCACAGAGUCGGAGGAGCCGCAGACGAACAGCCAGGAGUCGCAGACGAACGGUCAGGAGCCGACGGUGGCCGGUAAGGAGCCGCGGGAUUCCGUUCAGGAGCCAGCCAUAACCAAGGAGGACGCGCCGACCGUCUCUUCGGAGGCUCCAGCCGUCUCCGCCGAUGCCCCUGCGGCCCUGGAGGCCACCCAGCAGCCUGAGGCGGCCCCGGAGGCCACCCAGCAGCCGGAGGCGGCCCAGGAGGCCACCCAGCAGUCCGAGGUAGUGCCGGAGCCUUCUGCCGAGGCGGCGGCGGCGGCCGGCGCCGAGGCGGCUGAGCCACCGGCGGGCGGUGCUGCCGAAACGGGCGCCGAUACGGCCAGCGAGAGCUCCAGCGACAGCGGCAAGGGCGGCAGCUCGGCCAGCCUGGAGCAGGCCUCUCCGGCCACCAGUCCCGAGUCGGCGCCCAUGCAGACCACCGUGUACGACUUCCUGAUACCGCAGAAACUGUGCGGUCGGCUGAUCGGCAAGAACGGCACCUUCGUCAACAUGCUGAAGGCGCGGACGGGCGCGCACGUCAUCAUCCGGCUGCACCCGGUCAAGUCGUCGGUGAAGAUCUGCUCCGUGGAUGGGACCCAGUCGGAGAUUGACGCCUGCCUGAAGCUGAUCCGGGAGAAGUUUCCCGUCAACAAGUUCCCGGCGAUGACGCUGGAGCAGCUGAAUCGUCCCAGCGAGCAGGCGCUGGCCGUGCCCGACAGUCAGCAGCUGCACCUGCCGCAGGGCGUCACCUGCGACGUGCUGGUGUCGGCCGUGGUGACGGCCGGCCAGCUGUUCCUGCAGCAGCACACGCACCCCACCUUCCGCGGCCUGGAGCGGCUCACCACGCUGAUGGCCGCCUGCUACGGCGACGGCGGCUCGACGCCGGAGCUGCCGCGACCCGUGGUGGCCUCGUCGAUCUGCGCGGCGCCCGUGGCCGGCGGCUGGUACCGCGCCCAGGUGGUGGCCUACUACCCCGACUCGGACGAGAUGGACGUGCGCUUCAUGGACUUUGGCGGCUACAGCCGGCUGCCGGCCGCGCUGGCCCGCCAGAUGCGCACCGACUUCAUGUCGCUGCCCUUCCAGGCCGAGGAGUGCUACCUGGCCAACGUCAUGCCCGUCUCAGAGGACGGCUGGAGCCUGGAGGCCGGCGCCGUGUUCGAGAGUCUGAUCACGGACCGCGCGCUGGAGGCCAUGGUGGUGGGCUACGCCGAGGACGGCACGCCCUUCGUCAACCUCUACAGCAUCCAGGGCACCGAGUACGGCAACAACGCCAUCACGCUGGUCAACCAGCGCCUAGUGGAGAGCGGCGCCGCCCGCUGGGUCGAACUCCAGGCGUAGGCGCGGCCGACGCGCCCCGGCCGCCGGGCGGCCAGCUAUGCAGUCCGCGGGAGCUGAUCAGCCUCCCACCCAGACAGUCAGACAGUCGUACUUAUUUUUGCUGUGGAUCGGCGUCUGUGCGCGGUAGUGAGAUGUGUUGUGAAGGGCCGAGCGGACCGGCACGGGCCGGUGCCAGCGGCUCGGCUCCGUGCCGCCAGUGUGGGACGGUGGGCCGGCGGGCUCUGUGUCCGAGGCAGCGGCGCGCCGGCCUCUGCGGGCUGAGGUCGCCGUGACGGUCCGGCGAUGGAGACACGCAGCGGCCGGCGCGGGUGAACAGAGGAGCUGUGUGACGGCGGAGUGCGGGCCCGCCGCGGCAGUGACAGUGACCGUGCGCUCCGCUCCGGGCUCUGCUGGGGCCGGGCUACCCCGCCCCUCCCUCCGGCGGUCUACAAUGGACAGGAGCUGUGAAGGAAUGUGAUGACGUGGUGUUACAUAAUGAUCCAGGAUUUCUUGAUUGAUAUUUGGAUGCAUGUAUGCUGGUCAGGAGUUCUUGUUGCAUAACAUACCGGCCCUAGCAAGAAACGUAUCGUCACAGUUGCGAUAUUUUGAAGCCCUCUUCUUGGACCAAUGUUAUCGUUGUAAAAUUAUCGACAUCUUGCUUCCUUUUUGUGAGCCAAAGAUGUUUGGGUAUUUUAUAUUGUUAGGCGAAUUGAAGGGUUUGCUCACGAACAUGUAUCUGCUGUCGCGGUUUUCACGUACCGCUGCCUCCAGCGGGCGGCGCGGCUCUCCGCUCGGCGAGCUACGACAGGCAACGGAGCCACACCGCGACGUGGGCCGCCGAUAUUUUCAUCAAGUGUUGCGUCAGACCUUUGUAUAGUAUACCGUGCGUCAGACCCGUGUAUUGUGCAUCAGACCCGUGUACCGUGCGUCAGAUCCGUGUACCGUGCGUCAGACCCGUGUACCGUGCGUCAGACCCGUGUACCGUGCAUCAGACCCGUGUACCGUGCGUCAGACCCGUGUACCGUGCGUCAGAUCCGUGCACCGUGCGUGUAGACCUGUGCGUCAGGUGUGUUUCAGUCCCACGUUGCGUUGGUAGGCGGGCUCGGAGGCGGGUUAGGGCCGUGUCGUUAGUGUAUUUUUCUCGUCGUACGCUGCUCGGUGUGAGUGAGUGAGCAGUGUGAGCGGUACCGCGCGGGCUGAGUGGUUUGUCGGCGGUGCCCGCUGCGGGUCUCGGCGGUAGGGGGGUCUCGGUGGUAGUCGCGAUGCUGCGUAGUGUGGGCGACUGCGCCCCUAGCUCCGAGUAGAUGGGUGCUGGUGUCGCAGAUUAGUAGAGUUUCUGGCGCGCUCGCUGUGGGCGGCGCCCGGCCGAGCCCAGUACGGGCUCCCUGUCCAUCGCUAACAGAUUUGAUUGUCGCCGUCGUGUCCGUUGGGUCGUGACUACCAAAUUAUCUGUCUCGUUCUGGCGGCUGCCGGGAGGUCGCGGGCCGAUCUUUAUCGUUCAGCUGGUACAAACCCGUGUCCCUGGGAGGCGACCGACAGCCGCCGACUGCCGAGGGCCGUCUGUACGCCGGCAGUCGGCGCCGCUCGGGUCGCGUGCAGUGCGCGCCGCCGCCCGUUCUCUACGCCGCGAUGUAUCGCCGUCUGCGCGCGCUCCCUCAGCCCGGUACAUCGACCUUUUCUGUUGCUCUUCGCCUUUUGUCAGACGAAAUACACCGUUUUUCCGAUC